CUUUUCUCUUAGGUGGUACUUUCGUUUUCCAAGGCAGAGACUUUCGAGAGACCCUGCAACAACCCUGAGGAGGCCCAUCCGACCCCAGACUAAGCAGAGGUGACACGGGGAGCCCGGGAGAGGCAGCAUCACCCCCCCACGCCUGCCCGAUCUUGCGUGCUGAAAAGUUUUCUAUUGCCGAGUGCUGCCUCCUGAGAGCUGUCUAGGUUCACCACACCCGCACCCUGCGCAUGCAAACCCAACUGAUUGGCAUCUGAUUUGCUGUGUGUGGCUGCUGCUUAAGCUGAAACUCAGCCCCCCCUCCCGGGGGCGUCAGGUGACAGGAUGUCCCAGUGGUAUGAGCUUCAGCAGCUGGACUCCAAAUUCCUGGAGCAGGUUCACCAGCUCUACGAUGACAGUUUUCCCAUGGAAAUCAGACAGUACCUGGCACAAUGGCUAGAAAAGCAAGACUGGGAACAUGCCGCCAACGAUGUCUCAUUUGCCACUAUCCGUUUUCAUGACCUCCUGUCUCAGCUAGAUGAUCAAUAUAGUCGCUUUUCUUUGGAGAACAACUUUUUGUUGCAACAUAACAUCAGGAAAAGCAAGCGUAACCUUCAGGACAAUUUUCAGGAAGACCCAAUACAGAUGUCUAUGAUCAUCUAUAACUGCCUGAAAGAAGAAAGGAAGAUCCUGGAAAAUGCCCAGAGAUUCAAUCAGGCUCAGUCAGGGAACAUUCAGAAUGCUGUGAUGUUAGACAAACAGAAGGAGCUUGACAGCAAAGUCAGAAAUGUCAAGGACAAAGUUAUGUGUAUAGAGCAGGAAAUCAAGACUCUGGAAGAGUUACAAGAUGAGUAUGACUUUAAAUGCAAAACCUUGCAGAAUAGAGAACAUGAAACCAACGGUGUAGCAAAGAAUGACCAGAAACAGGAACAGCUGUUACUACAGAAGAUGUAUCUAAUGCUUGACAAUAAGAGAAAGGAAGUGGUGCACAAAAUAAGGGACUUGUUGAAUGUCACAGAACUUACCCAGAAUGCCCUGAUUAAUGAUGAGCUGGUGGAAUGGAAGCGGAGACAGCAGAGCGCCUGUAUUGGGGGGCCCCCUAAUGCCUGCCUUGACCAGCUGCAGAACUGGUUCACCGUAGUUGCUGAGAGUCUGCAGCAGGUUCGUCAGCAGCUUAAAAAACUUGAGGAACUGGAACAGAAAUACACCUAUGACCAUGACCCCAUCACAAAAAACAAACAAGGGUUAUCGGAUCGCACCUUCAGCCUUUUCCAGCAGCUCAUUCAGAGCUCAUUUGUGGUGGAAAGACAGCCUUGCAUGCCAACUCACCCUCAGAGGCCUCUGGUCUUGAAGACUGGGGUACAAUUCACUGUGAAGUUGAGACUGUUGGUGAAAUUGCAAGAACUGAAUUAUAAUUUGAAAGUCAAAGUCUUAUUUGAUAAAGAUGUGAAUGAGAGAAAUACAGUCAAAGGAUUCAGAAAGUUCAACAUCUUAGGCACACACACCAAAGUGAUGAACAUGGAGGAGUCCACCAAUGGAAGUUUGGCGGCAGAGUUUCGACACCUGCAACUGAAAGAACAGAAAAAUGCUGGCACCAGAACUAAUGAGGGCCCUCUCAUUGUUACUGAAGAGCUUCACUCCCUUAGUUUUGAAACUCAGUUGUGCCAGCCUGGUUUAGUCAUUGACCUCGAGACGACCUCUCUACCUGUGGUGGUGAUCUCCAACGUCAGCCAGCUCCCAAGUGGCUGGGCCUCCAUCCUGUGGUACAACAUGCUGGUGGCGGAACCCAGGAAUCUAUCCUUCUUCCUGAACCCACCUUGUGCACGGUGGGCUCAGCUGUCAGAGGUGCUGAGUUGGCAGUUUUCUUCAGUCACCAAAAGAGGCCUCAACACAGACCAGCUGAACAUGCUGGGAGAGAAACUUCUUGGUCUGAAUGCCGGCCCCGAUGGUCUUAUUCCUUGGACAAGGUUCUGUAAGGAAAAUAUAAAUGAUAAAAAUUUUCCUUUCUGGCUUUGGAUUGAAAGUAUCCUUGAACUCAUUAAGAAACACCUGCUCUCUCUCUGGAAUGAUGGGUGUAUCGUGGGCUUUAUCAGCAAGGAGCGGGAGCGCGCCUUGCUGAAAGACCAGCAGCCAGGGACCUUCCUGCUGCGCUUCAGCGAGAGCUGCCGGGAAGGGGCCAUCACCUUCACGUGGGUGGAGCGCUCCCAGAACGGAGGCGAACCUUACUUCCAUGCCGUUGAACCCUACACAAAGAAAGAACUUUCUGCUGUUACUUUCCCUGACAUUAUUCGCAAUUACAAAGUCAUGGCUGCUGAAAAUAUCCCAGAAAAUCCUCUGAAGUAUCUGUAUCCAAAUAUUGACAAAGACCAUGCUUUUGGAAAGUAUUACUCCAGGCCAAAGGAAGCCCCAGAACCAAUGGAACUUGAUGGCCCAAAAGGAACUGGAUACAUCAAGACUGAGCUGAUUUCUGUGUCUGAAGUUCAUCCGUCUCGACUCCAGACAACAGACAACCUUCUCCCCAUGUCUCCCGAGGAGUUUGAUGAGGUGUCCCGGAUAGUGGGCCCUGUAGCAAUCGACAGCAUGAUGAAUGCAGUAUAGAGCAUGAAUUUUUCUCAUCUUCUCUGGCGACAUUUUUCCUUCCCAUCUGUGGUUUCCUCCUGCUACUCUGUUCCUUCACACCCUAUGUUUCUAGGGAAAUGAAAGAAAGGCCAACAAAUUUGCUGCCACCUGUGACUUGUCCCUAAUUCAGACACAGCUGUUACUCUGAAGGGCCUCAUGCAUCUUGUUAAAGGUAAAACUGAAAUGCCCUCUCCACAAAACGGGGCUGGCAAGUGAAAAACAUCUAGACACCCAAACAUCAGAAUUAGAAUGAGAUUCUUGUGGAAAGCAGGGAAGCUAAGCGAGCUUGUAAAAAAAAAAAAAUGCUGAGCAUCAAAGCAGGGCCCAGCUCUUUCAAGCGGCUGGAUCAUACGGUUAUUUGAAAGACUGCUUGAUACAUGACCAGCAGACUUCUGUCCUGGAGAAUUCCUACUUGUUCCCUCUGCUUUAAAUGUGGCUGGAAGUUCUCCAUUGGUUUAUCUGUGAAAUAGUUUAAUGCUAAGUUUACAUAGGAUCAGCCCUUAUCCAACCCUGCAUCUGGACAGGUGGUAAAAGUUGUGUUAUUUUCUUACAUUUUCACACUGGCCACUUAAAGCAAAAGACGUGAGACACGGUCUCUCUUACUUGGGAAAAAUAGCUUUUCUGCUUGUUAUGGCUUUUAUGAUACUAAUAUCAGUAGAGGGAAGGGCAUUUUCCAAAUUCAUGGGUAGUGUUUUCUGUUUAGACUUUAAUACCCAGAGCUGCGUAGAUUCUGCCUGGUGAACUUGUCUUCACAUUUCUCUCCAAAGAGGCAGGGGAUUAAGAGCCGUCUCUCAAGGCCAAAUCUGGCAUUUUUCAAACAGUUAAAAUUAACCCUAGGUAUAGAAAAACUCAGAAAUUUCACUCAUGUUUCUUUGUGUUAAUUUUUUUUAUUGUUAUUGUCUGGUAUUUGAUCUAUUCACCAUAAAAAUUUCAAAUUGAGAAGAAAAAAUAGUAACUGGCAAAUUAUUAAUCAGAAAUGAGACUCAAGUUCUUUGAAAAUUCACCCUGUGUAAACUGCCUGGCAUAUUGCAUGUUUUUCACUGAUAAAUGUGUUUUUCUGAAAAAAAUGCAGUGGCAAAUGGUU